AUGACCACCACAACUAUGGUAACAACAUUUUGCGACCGAGAUGCCUUGCGCACGAAGUUUUCAACAGCCAUGUCAGACAUGUACAAGCAGGAAGUGCCUUCUUAUGCGGAGUUAAUCGAUAUUGUGACAGAAAUCAACUCCGCAGUUGUGUCUCAAACCUCUCCAAGCACAGGAUCGAGAAAUGGCUUGUCUGAUAUCCAUAAUAUCCAUAGGUUGACGCUUGAGCGGCAUGGGGCAAUCCGACUUGGAACUCCUUUCGAACUUUCAAUAAUUCGACGUUUGUUCUCGCAGUUCGGUAUGUAUCCUGUGGGGUAUUACGAUCUCAGCGUGGCCGGAUUACCAUUACAUGCCACUGCAUUCCGGCCCACUGAUGCUGAAACAUUGGAGAGGAACCCCUUCCGGGUGUUCACAACGUUAUUUAGACCGGAUCUAUUAAGGAAGGAAGCUCGAGACCUCGCGAAGGAUAUAUUGAGCAAACGUAAUAUCUUCCCUGAUCGACUGCUAGCACUCCUCGAGGAGGCUGAAAGGAAGGGCGGUGUUGAGCUUAAACUUGCAGACGAAUUUGUUAAGGAGACACUGGAAGUAUUUCGGUGGCAUGAUAUCACCGCAACAAGCCACGAGGACUACCAACGACUGAACGAGGAGCACCCUCUUUUAGCGGAUAUUGCAUCGUUUCGGAGCGCCCAUAUCAAUCACCUCACACCCCGAACACUUGAUAUUGAUCAAGCACAGAUUGUCAUGGGAUUACGUGGAUUGGAAGCAAAGGAACGGAUUGAAGGGCCGCCAUCUAGAAAACACGCAAUCCUCCUCCGACAGACUAGCUUUAAAGCCAUCCAUGAGAAAGUUCGGUUCAAAUCUCCCAAGAACGGGAUGGUACAGGGUAUACACGCAGCCCGAUUCGGGGAGAUCGAGCAAAGGGGCGCUGCAUUGACCCAUAAAGGCCGGGAGUUGUAUGAUAAGCUUCUUACGAAGGUCAAUCUCGAAGUAGGCAGUGUGAAGGCAGACGCAAAGGCUUAUGACCGCACCUUAAAGGAAGUCUUUGCUGCGUUUCCAGAUGACAGAGAAACUCUCCGUGAACAAGGGCUUGUAUUCUGCUCUUAUCAGCCAACUCAUAGAGCCCUCGAAACAGCACCAAAUAAAACGACAGCGUUUUCAACCUCAAUGAGCGAGCUUCUUGAUCAAGGCUUUAUAGAUUUUGAGCCAUUGACCUAUGAAGAUUUUCUCCCGUUCUCUGCAGCCGGUAUAUUCAGAUCGAAUCUCGGAAAAGGGGGUGGUGAAAAUCCGAGUGUGAGGAUUAAGGAGGUUAAGAAGGGAUUUGAAGAGUGCUUGGGUAGCAAAACACUUGACAGCAUGGCAUUGUACGCAGAAGCCCAACAGAAGAGUUUGGACUAUUGUUCCCGUGUUUUGAAACUUGAGAAUAUCAGCUCGUAA